AUGAGCUUAUCCGCCGCAAUCCUCACCCGAGUAUCCGUUUCGCUAACCCCAAACAACCCUGACCGCUUUGUCAUCCUGGAAUCGCGUCCGAUACCUCAUGCUAUCCUGCGUCUCCCACCCGUCCCUUCCGCGGUCAAUUCAACGCGUCUUUCCCGUACCCGCCGUCUCCCUGUGCUCGCUUUCCCCGUGCGCGCUUUCCCCGUGCGCGCUUUCCCCGUGCGCGCUUUCCCCGUGCGCGCUUUCCCCGUGCGCGCUUUCCACCGUGCGCGUUUUGCCCGUGCGCCGUUCCGCCAGGUGCCCCAAGUGCCUGGAGCUGAAGCUUCCGCGCACCAACGCCUCUUUCUGGUUUCAGGGUUUUGUACCUCCCUUGCGCGUCGUCCCCCCUCCCCCCGUUCCCCCCUUUCCCCGCGCGCUCCCUCCGUCGACCCGCGCAGCUCGCAGGAGUGCUUCAAGGCGUCGUGGGCGGACCACAAGGCGCUGCACAAGGCGCCGCCCGCGGGGGAAGGCGCGGGCGCGGGCGCGGUGGUAGCGGGGGGCGCGGGGGAGGGGGAGGAGGUGGCGCGGUACCUGCAGCAGGGGUGGCUGUACGUGCUGCGCAAGGGGCAGACGCGCGCCGCCAAGAUGCCGCCCUUCGACUGGACCGGUCCCCUGCGCCCCUUCCCAGUGUCGCCGCGCCGCCCUGUACCCGCGCACAUUCCGCGCCCUGACUGGGCCGACACGGGGCGACCAGAGGAGGAGCCCAACAGCCAAUGGCAAAACAGCGUCGAGAUCAAUUCACCAGAGAAGAUAGAGCGAAUGCGGCAUACAUGCAGGGUGGCGCGCGAGGUGCUGGACGUGGCAGCAGCCAUGAUCCGCCCCGGGGUGACCACGGACGAGAUAGACCGCGCCGUGCAUGACGCCACCAUCCAGGCCGGCGGGUACCCGUCGCCCCUCAACUACUACUUCUUCCCCAAGUCCUGCUGCACGUCGGUGAACGAGGUGGUGUGCCAUGGCAUCCCGGAUUGCAGGAAGCUGCAGGAUGGCGACAUUGUGAACGUGGACGUCACGGUCUACCUCAACGGCUGCCAUGGUGAUUUGAACGAGACCUUCUUUGUGGGCAAGCCCAGUGAGGCGUCGGUACAUCUCGUGCGCACCACCAUGGAGUGCCUUGAUAAGGCCAUCGCCAUGGUGAAGCCAGGGGUGCGGUUUCGGGAGGUGGGGGAGGUGAUCAGCCGCCAUGCCGCUCAAGCUGGCCUCUCCGUGGUGCGUACAUACUGUGGGCAUGGAAUAGGGGAGCUGUUUCAUUGCGCGCCCAACAUUCCCCACUAUGCCAAGAACAAGGCGGUGGGUCUCAUGAAGGCGGGGCAGAUCUUCACCAUCGAGCCCAUGAUCAACGCUGGUGGAUGGAAGGAUCGCAUGUGGCCAGACGGAUGGACAGCAGUUACAUCUGAUGGCUCGCCAAGUGCACAGUUUGAGCACACCAUGCUGGUGACAGAAACAGGUUGUGAGGUUCUUACUGCUCGGCUCCCAUCGUCGCCUAAAGUUUUUCCAUGGUUAUCAUAA